GCCACUGCCCAGCCAUGGGGGACACCUUCAUUCGCCACAUCGCCCUCCUGGGCUUCGAGAAACGCUUCGUCCCCAGCCAACACUAUGUGUACAUGUUCCUGGUUAAGUGGCAGGACCUGUCGGAGAAGGUGGUCUACAGAAAAUUCACCGAGAUCUACGAGUUCCAUAAAAUGUUAAAGGAGAUGUUCCCCAUUGAGGCCGGUGAGAUCCACACAGAAAACAGAGUCAUCCCUCACCUCCCAGCUCCCAGGUGGUAUGAUGGGCAGCGUGCAGCGGAGAGCCGCCAGGGAACGCUCACCGAGUACUUCAACAGCCUCAUGGGACUGCCCAUGAAGAUCUCCCGCUGCCCACACCUCUUGAACUUCUUCAAAGUGCGGCCCGAUGACCUGAAGCUGCCCAAUGACAGCCAGGUGAAGAAGCCAGAGACAUACCUGACGGCCAAAGAUGGCAAGAAUAAUGUAGCUGACAUCACGGGUCCCAUCAUCCUUCAGACCUAUCGGGCCAUCGCUGACUACGAGAAGGGUUCCAAAACAGAGAUGACCGUGGCGACGGGAGAUGUGGUGGAUGUCGUAGAGAAAAGCGAGAGUGGCUGGUGGUUUUGCCAGAUGAAGACAAAACGAGGUUGGGUCCCUGCAUCCUAUUUGGAGCCCCUUGACAGCCCUGAUGAGGCAGAGGACCCCGAUCCCAACUACGCAGGUGAACCGUAUGUAACCAUCAAAGCGUACGCUGCUGUUGAAGAGGAUGAGGUGUCCCUGUCUGAGGGUGAAGCCAUCGAGGUCAUUCAUAAGCUCCUAGAUGGCUGGUGGGUGGUCAGGAAAGGGGACAUCACCGGCUACUUCCCAUCCAUGUAUCUGCAGAAGGCUGGGGAGGAGAUAACCCAGGCCCAGCGACAGAUUAGAAGCCGCGGGGCACCACCUCGCAGGUCGACCAUCCGCAAUGCACAGAGCAUCCACCAGCGUUCUCGGAAGCGCCUCAGCCAGGACACCUAUCGCCGCAACAGCGUCCGAUUCCUGCAGCAGCGCAGACGCCCGGCGCGACCUGGGCCGCAGAGCCCUGACUCAAAGGACAAUCCAUCGACUCCGCGCGCCAAACCACAGCCUGCGGUGCCUCCGAGACCCAGCUCGGACCUCAUCCUGCACCGCUGCACAGAGAGCACCAAGAGGAAACUGACGUCCGCCGUGUGAGGGGCGGCUGCACUGAAAGGCGGUCCUAUCCCUACCCUUGUAUAUAUUUGUAUAUAGCCUCAGGUCAGAGGCUCCUACCCUGCUUUAAUGUUUGGAAUGGACUCAGACUCUGCAGCAAAGGACAGGACUGGGUUUCUCUCCACGGGUAUUGCUAGGAUGAGAGGAGGCAGUCAGCGUUGCUGGGGGGUUUGCAGGAACAAAAAAGGUCUGAUUACCCGCUGCCUUAGUCUUGACCAAGGUCAAGUUUGCAGAAGGCCAAGUGUCUUAGGAACGCCCUAAGGAAACUGUUUCUCAACCUGUUGGCCAUGACCCCUUUGGGGAGGGUGUCGAAAGACUCUUUCUCAGAAGUUGCCUUAGAUCAUUGGAAAACACAGAUAUUAUUUUUUUUUUUUUCGGAGCUGGGGACCGAACCCAGGGCCUUGCGCUCGCUAGGCAAGCACUCUACCGCUGAGCUAAAUCCCCAACCCCCCCCCCCCACAGAUAUUAUUUUUAUAGAUAUUUAUAUUACGAUUUAUACAAGUAGCAAAAUGACAGCUAUGAAGUAGCAAUGAAAAUAAUUGUAUGAUUGGGGGUCCCCACAACAUUGGAAACUAACUGUAUUAAGGGGUACAGCACUAGGAAGGUUGAGAAGCACUGUCCUAGGGGCUCAGAAUGUUGCCUGGUUGGUAGAGUGCUUGACUAGCAUGCACCAGGGCCUGGCUUCCAUUCCCAGCAUCCCAUAAUUGGGCUUGUCCGUGUUCCAACAUCUGGGCGGAAUUUCACAGCCAAAGGUCAAGAGGACUGCUGUUACGUUCAAGGUCGGCCUGGGCCACGUAGGGAAUUCGAGAUCAGAUCUAGUUACAGUGUGGGAUCCUGUCUCAAACCACCCCAUCCCACAACAUAACCUUGGCAUGGGGUCUCGGGGUUGUGGCGGAAAGCAGUCAUUAGUGGAUAAUGCUUGGUAUUCUCCUUGUUUUCAUGUCUCUAAGACCUUGCCGGUAUUUCCAUUCCCAAAUGCAAAGAAACCGUGCUGACUGGAUCUAUGUCACCGUGACACAAGCUGGUGUCAUCUAAGGGAGGGCACCUCAGCUGAGGAAACGCCUCCAUGGGGCUGGAAAGAUAGCUCAGUGGUUAAGAGCACUGGCUGCUUUUCCAGAGGACUGGGGUUCAAUUUCCAGCAUUCACAGGGUAGGUCACAUCGGCCUGUAACUCCAGUUUUAGGGAGUCUGACACCCUCUCACAGACAUAUAUGCAAACAAAAUACCAAUGCAUAUAAAAUAAAAAUGCACAUUGAAAAAAAUUUAAAGGAGGGAAAAUGCGACCAUAAGAUCCAGCUGUAAAGCAUUUUCUUGGUGAUUGAUGGGGGAGGGCCCAAUCCAUGGUGGGUGGUGCCAUCCUGGGCUGGUGGUCCUGGGUUCUAUAAGAGAGCAAGCUGAGCAAGCCAGUAAGUAACAUCCCUCCAUGGCCUCUGCGUCAGCCCCUGCCUCCUGGUUUCUGCCCUGCUUGAAGUCCCUGUCCUGCCUGAGUUCCUGUGCUGACUUUUUUCAGCGAUGAACAGUGUGGAAGUGUAAUCGGAAUAAACCCUUUCCUCCCCA